AACAAAAAUGAUAAUGUUAAUGUUACGAAAAUUUUCCGAUUUUACACACAAAUAUAAAGUAUUACGUGGCAUGCUUGCCUAUGGAUUGCUAUGGCCCUGUGGAUCAUUGGCCGAGCAAACACUGAUAGAGAAACGGACAUUCCGCACAUAUGACUGGAAGAAAUGUCUUAAAUUCAGUUUAUUCGGCUGUUUCUUCAUGGGUCCCACAGUUUAUGCAUGGAUGCGCCUGGCCUCCAUUAUGUGGCCACGUACUGACAUCAAAUCAUCUUUUUGCAAAGCGAUUACAGAGCAAGCCGGAUACGAUCCAAUGGCCAUUAGUACAUUUCUAUUUACGAUGAGUCUGAUGGAGGGCAAAACAUAUGAGGAAGCCAAGCAUGAGGUCGCUACAAAAUUCCUAGAUGCCUACCGAGUCGGUGUCAUCUAUUGGCCAUGUGUUCAAACCGUUAAUUUUGCAUUGAUUCCCGUUCAAAAUCAGGUGGUAUUUACAUCGUUCUUCAGCAUGUGUUGGACAACAUUUUUGGCUUAUGUCAAAUAUAUGGAAUUGCCCAAUGUCGAUGUGGAUCAUCAUAUGGAAUUUCAUUUGGAUUUUCAUAUUUUGGAUUUUCAUGUACAUUUCUAAGG